AUGAAUCAGCUGCGGACCGUCACAAAUCGCGUCAAGCAUGCGCGCAAGUACGAUGACAAGAGUGAUAGGGCUACGACAAACUUGGUCCUUGAUGAUCGAGUAAGAAAGCUGAUUUUCAGACUAAUCGAAAAGGGUGCCUUGCUCUCUGUUGAUUCUGUUAUUAAUACAGGCAAAGAAGCCAAUGUGUUUCUUUGCAACUCAGAAGCGGGCAAUGUGGCAUUGAAGAUCUAUUCCACAUCCAUACUGAGUUUUAGAAACAGGAUUGAGUACGUAGAAGGUGAACAUAGAUUUGAAACGGUCACACGAUCUCAGAAGUCCAAUUCCAGACGUAUGGUGAAGCUCUGGGCCGAAAAGGAAUUUAGAAAUUUGAUUCGAACCCAACAACUGGGUUCUAUUUGUAUUCCCAAGCCUCUCUUUAUCACCACGACCAUGAUUGGGCUGGAAUUUAUAGGAUAUGAUCGUGCACCAGCUCCUCGCUUGAAGGACGUUAUUUCUGAUCUUUCACAAGCUAGGAUAAUCAAGCUUUACUGGUCCAUCAUGAGAGUUCUCCGUACUCUCUAUAUUGGCGCAGGCCUUGUACAUGGAGAUCUCUCUGAAUAUAAUCUUUUAUACCUCAACAAGAAGCUUUAUCUCAUCGACAUGGGCCAAUCUGUUCAUGUGACACACCCUAACGCCCUUCAGUUUCUACGGAUAGAUAUCAUUAAUAUUAAUUUUUUCUUUGCACGACAAGGCAUCCCGGUGCUUUCAGCUCGUGAGGUUUUAGCGUUUAUAUGUAGUCCAAACAUCCCAAAGACAGAUGACAUGUACUGUCGGCCAGCAAAUGUUGUAGAGUAUGAUAGUAUGAGUCCACGCAAUGCGCCUUCCCUAGAUCCUAAACUCACGGCAUACAUACGCUAUCUAAGAGCGGAGUGUGCGAGGUUGUACACUCCAGAAGAAGUCAAUGGAGAGAGGGAUAUCGUCAACUAUCCUGUUUUUGAAAGCCUUAGCGCAAUCACAGCUACCGAUUACUUAGAUAAUAACUAUGCAGACUACAGUCAGCUUCAAGCGCUUAAUAUUGAGCUCUAUGAAAGUGAUGAUAGUGACAGCGAGCAAUCUGAAUCAGAUCAAAAUUCUUCUGAGGCCAAUGAGGAGAUAGAGGAGCGAGAACGCAACCUUAAGAUGCUUAGUCGAUCGGACUAUAGCAAAGAGGAAUGGCGCGAAAUACAGAAGGAGGUUAAGAGGGAUGCACAGGAGCGCCGCACAAAGAAGAUCCCCAAGAGCGUUAAGAAACGAGCCGAGCUUCUUGCACGCAGAAGACGUGCAUAA